AUGGGGUCAUGCUGCCCCCUGCUGGCCACACUGCAAAAUGCAGCCCAGGGUCGGCCUGGAGGCUACAGGUGUCCCUCUUCCCCCAAGCCUGCAGCUGGGCUGGAGGGAAAAGGGGGCACCAGGGAACAGCCCGGGCUCGUGGAGGAGUUCAUGCUCUUGACCAACAUGGCAGUGGCCCACAAGAUCCACCGCGCCUUCCCCGAGCAGGCCCUGCUGCGCCGGCACCCCCCGCCCCAGACAAGGAUGCUCAGUGACCUGGUGGAAUUCUGCGACCAGAUGGGGCUGCCCGUGGACUUCAGCUCCGCAGGAGCCCUCAAUAAAAGCCUGACCCAAACAUUUGGAGAUGACAAGUACUCACUGGCCCGGAAGGAGGUGCUCACCAAUAUGUGCUCCCGGCCCAUGCAGGCUAUAGGGAGCGACUGACUAGACAUGGCGCCCGACACUCUGCAGAAGCAGGCAGACCACUGCAACGAUGGCCGCAUGGCGCCCAAGCGCGUGCAGGAACUCAGCACUGGUCUCUUCUUUGCCAUUCUGGUCAAG